UUUUUUUUUAACAAUAUUAGCAACUACGCCCUAUUUCACUUCACAAUGAGCGCGCUUGCGGCAAUCAGCCUUGGAAUCAACUACGAAAAUGAGAUAGGCGAGAUAAGCAAGUUCAUGCAAAAGUUCACGACGGAGGGGGGCAAGAAGACGAUGGAGCAGGACGGGGACGCGGAGAUGGCGGAGCUGUCUGUGGGGACGUCUGAGACAAAGUACAUGGAUAUUCUGCAGGCAGUGGCGGACCGCAAGCAGGACACGAUUUCGAUUGCGCUCGACGACCGUUUCACGCACGACAAGUCGCUGGCGUUCCGCAUUGAGCACAAUGCCAAGACAUACGAGGACCCGGAUGCCGACGUCCUCGAUCGCGACCAGCGAGAUGCGGCAGCGCGGCGGCAGCAAGGGGAGGGAGCGGGGGGUGAGGAGUUUCCAGCAGUUCUGACGCGGCGGUACACGGUGCAGCCAGCGCAGGCGGUGCUGCGGGGAAUAGUGACGCGGGUGUCGGAUGUGCGGCCGGCGAUGGUGGUGGCAGCGUAUCUGUGCGAUGCGUGCGGCAGCGAGGUGUUCCAGGAGUGCGCUAGCGCGCGGUGCACGCGCGGCUCGCGGCUCGUGCGGUUCCAGGAGGUCAAGGUGCAGGAGCAGCCGGACCAGGUGCCGAUGGGGGACAUUCCGCGGACACUCAGCGUGCACUGCUACGAGGGGGCGGUGCGGCAGCUGAACCCGGGCGACGUGGCGGUGAUCAGCGGGGUGUUUCUGCCGCAGCCCUACACUGGGUUCCGGGCGCUGCGGGCGGGGCUGCUGGCGGAUACGCUGCUGGAGGCACAUCACUACGACCAGCUGGCCAGCGAGGCGACGGCGGAGCACGACGAUGUGUAUGGACGUGUGUCGCGUGCGAUUGCCCCCGAAAUCUUUGGCCACGACGACGUCAAGAAGGCGCUGCUUUUGCUGCUGGUGGGAGCACCGGCCAAGCGCACCGGCGAUGGAAUGGCGAUCCGUGGCGACAUCAACGUGUGUCUGAUGGGUGAUCCGGGAGUUGCAAAGUCGCAGCUGCUGCGGUUUGUGUCCAAGGCGGCGCCGCGUGGGGUGUAUACGACGGGACGCGGGUCGUCGGGUGUGGGACUGACGGCAGCGGUGACGCGGGAUCCCGUGACCGGCGAGCUUGUGCUGGAGGGCGGGGCGCUGGUGCUGGCGGACCACGGGAUCUGCGCUAUUGAUGAGUUCGACAAGAUGGACGAGGGCGACCGCACAGCCAUCCAUGAGGUGAUGGAGCAGCAGACGAUCUCGGUGGCUAAGGCUGGCAUCACCACGACGCUGAAUGCACGCACGGCUAUCCUGGCAGCAGCAAAUCCGGCUCGCUCGCGGUACAACCCGCGGCUGACGCCCGAGGAGAACAUCAAUCUGCCAGCGGCUUUGCUGAGCCGAUUCGAUGUGCUGUUCUUGAUGCUGGACCGGCCGAACCACGACGACGACCUGCAGCUGGCGCGACAUGUCGCACACGAGUCGGACGACGAGAUCGACAUGGACCUCUUGCGGCUGUUUGUGGCCGACGCGCGCGCGCGCACGCCCAGCAUGCCGCGCACUGUGGCGGACUAUGUGGUGGGCGCGUAUCUGAGCCGCGACACAAGCCGCGGCUCAAUCGACACGGGCAUGGGGGGAGCGCAGCGCAGCAGCAUCGGCAGCACGACGCCGCGCACGCUGCUGGGGAUUGUGCGGCUGGCGCAGGCACGUGCGCGGGUGCGCGGGCAGGACCAGGUUGGCAUUGAGGAUGUGGACGAGGCCCUGCGGCUGAUGGAUGCAGCGCAGGUGACGCUGGAUGCACAGCCGGGCCGAGCGGUGCGCACUGAUCCGGUGUCGGCGAUCUUCCAGAUCAUGGCGCGGCUGGCGCGGCAGGGCGGGCCGGAGCUGCGCUACAAUGAGGUGCUGGAGCGCACGGGCCUGGCGCCAGUGCCUGAGGCAGUCAACCUGGCGCAGACCAAGAUUACGUUUGUCGCGGCCGUCAACGAGUAGAAGAGCGGGUUUACAUUUCUUCAGCUAGCAUUUCCUUUCCAUUUAAAA